GUCCUUAUCUCCCUAGUGGCUGCUGGUAGGCUGGGGCUCCCUGACCCUAGCAGUCAGUCACUGUGGUGUUUGGUGUGGUGUAGUGUCUGACAGGACAGCAGACAGAUAGGCAACGUUUUGAGGCUAGUGACACUGCAUCAGCUGCUGCCCAGCGUUAAGAAGUUCUCGCUCUGUUAAAGGACAACCACAGGAUCACAGGGACAGAGGAGCGCUACCACUACUUCUACUGCUACUCUGACUUCAAGAGGCUCCCAGGACAAGCACAAGGACAGUGGACACAAACUGAGUAUUUCUGUUCUAGUAAUUAGCCUAACUACUGCUAGUACUACUACUGCUACUACUCCCACUACUACUCUUGCGAUUUCUACUACUGGGACAAUCCAUAGGAAGAUAAUCCCAUUGGAUCAGAGGGUGUAGGUCUGUGUGUGUGCGGAAUCAUCCCAUCCUGUCUGGCGCGAGGAUGAGGAUGAAGGAGCUCUCGUUGCGUCAGGACCCUGACCUGAGGAAGGAGCUGGCUCUGCUGGCCCGUGGAUGUGACUUCGUUCUGCCGUCACGCUUCAAGAAGAGGCUCCGAGCCUUCCACGCUGAGCAAGGACAGGCCCAGGUGAAGAGCGAGGCGCCUGUUCCCACGGCGCUGAGUGAAAGCAUUCCAAAGUUCUACUUUCCAAGGGGGCGGCCCAAAGCCAACCUCAACAUCGACGGCCUCAUUGCCAAGAUCGAGAAAAUAUUUUCCCAAUUCCCCAAUGAAAGGGCCACCAUUGAGGACAUGGGGCAGGUUGCCAAGGCGUGCGAGUGUCCGCUCUACUGGAAAGCUCCAUUGUUCAAUUCGGCUGGAGGCGACAGGACGGGCUUCGUGUCCGUUCACAAGUUUGUGGCCAUGUGGAGAAAAAUGCUGCAGACCUGUCACGACGACGUGUCUAAGUUUGUGCACCUCUUGGCCAAACCUGGCUGUAAUUACCUGGAACAAGAGGACUUUAUUCCAUUCCUGCAGGAUGUGGUGAACUCUCACACAGGCCUGGCCUUCCUGAAGGAGGCGUCCGACUUCCACUCACGCUACAUCACCACAGUUGCCCAGAGGAUAUUCUACAAUGUGAACAGGUCAUGGUCAGGCAGGAUCAGCUGUUCAGAGCUCAGGAAAAGCAGCUUUCUCCAGAACGUGGCCCUGCUAGAGCAGGAGGAGGACGUGAACCAGCUGACAGAGUUCUUCUCCUAUGAACAUUUCUACGUCAUCUACUGCAAGUUCUGGGAGCUGGACACAGACCAUGACCUAUACAUAGACCAGAGAGACCUGGCCCGACACAACGACCAAGCUAUCUCCCACAAGAUGAUUGAAAGAAUAUUUUCUGGGACAGUUACCAGGGAUAGACAUCUGCGUAAAGACGGCAGGCUUAGCUACGCUGACUUUGUCUGGUUCCUCAUCUCUGAAGAAGACAAGAAGACUGACACCAGUAUAGAGUACUGGUUCCGGUGUAUGGACCUGGAUGGGGACGGUGUGUUGUCUAUGUACGAGCUGGAGUAUUUCUAUGAGGAGCAGUGUGUGAAGUUGGAGACCAUGGCAAUCGAGCCCCUGCCCUUCGAGGACUGUCUCUGUCAGAUGCUGGACCUGGUCAAGCCGGAGGUCGAAGGAAAGAUCACCCUACGGGACCUGAAGCAGUGUAAGUUGUCCCACAUCUUCUAUGACACCUUCUUCAAUAUCGAGAAGUACCUGGACCACGAGCAGAAAGACCCCUUCUCUGUUGUAAGGGAGGCCGAGACAGAGGGCCAGGAGAUCUCGGACUGGGAGAAAUAUGCAGCGGAUGAGUACGAUAUCCUGGUUGCCGAGGAGACUACUACCGAUCAGUACAACGGCGGGUAUGACAAUGCUCUGAGUCCCAUCUCCAGUGAAUUGGGUCUGAGGACAGAGAAGAGACAUUUCUUUGAGAUCCCCAACCCUCACUGCAAUCUGGACUUGGAUGAGGACGACUUUGAAUGACCAGCACUGGGAGAGCAACAAAACAGGGAGAAGAAGUGGCUACAGGAUACAGGACAAACAGCAGUGUGAGCAGUUGAAUGCCAAACCAGAACCACAAACGUUCACACUAAACAACGGUACAGACACGAUCACACAGUAGUGAGGGACGGUCAAACGGCUAACUCUGAACCACGGACGCUCGUCAAACUAGGGAUGAAAACAAGCGCUCCCACCAAACUACAGGACAAACAAACAUCACAUGGUUCCUUAGUGUGAAGCUGGCAACCACAGGAACAGGAAACGCCCACCAGACACUAGGCAAUACAGGAAGAAGACACAUUCUGUGGUGGGAAGUAGCAUCUCUAUCUGCCAAACGAUGCAGGUGCCGUUACCACCUCUCACCUUUAAGUAGAGGACACUUCAGUCCAUGGCCUCAAAAAAAACUCAGUUAAGGUACAGACACAUUGUUGCAACAGAGUGAUAAAAGGUGCUGCCAUCAUCUUAGCAGUGGUGUUAAAAAUACGUCAAUUGGUUAAACGCUGGUUCCUACUGGGUCCUGGCUCAACACUUCUUGGUUGUGACUACAAACAUCCGUUUUGUUAUUUGGUGGCUCGCGAGGCAAUUCAGGAGGCCUUGGGUGGGUCGCAGCGUGAAACAUUUACGUCAUUAGGAGAUCCGAGAGGCUUUUAGGUGGGUCAAUCACAGCAUGAAACAAUUUGGUAACAAUUAGACUAGAGACACUGCAGACACACUGAAGCUCACUGAGGCACACUUGAAUUAUUAAGUUAAUAUACCACAUCAACGAUAAACAUUGUUUUGUUAAUCAUUCUUAGGAAUUGGCUAAUUCAACAUUCCAGAGAUAUUAACCAUAUUGAGUCGUUUCUGGUCCGAUCGCAAAAUAAAAAGGUAUGGUCUACCUGCUGGGAGGGGCGGGGUAGUAGAGUGCUGGAGCUCAGUCCAAAUGCCUGGCAAGGCAGACACACAGUUUCUAACUGUACAAUAAUGAGUUCAUCAGUAUAACAUCUUCUAUCAUAUGCUUUUUUUGUGUGAGAGAUGGGGUUAUAAAUUAUUAGAAAUAUUUAUAAAUAGCUGUAAAUAUUUAUUUUGUGCUUGCUGUGUUGCAUAAUAGUUGGUCAGAUGUUUUAAACAAAAUAUUUUUUUUCUAUCUGACAAAGUACUUUAUAACAAUGUACUUUCAUACAGGAAGUUAAAUGUAUGUUUUGUUCAAAUAAAGAAUGAAAAAGAUAAUAUUGUGGCAUUUCUUCAUAGAAAGAAGCAAGAGAAAAUUGAAUGCGAGUAAUAUUUGAUGGAAGGAACAGUUCAAAGUUGAGUGGUAAACAAAUGUUUAUAGGUUGAUUAUGGUAUUUCCAAUGACACAAAAGUCAAUUAAAACAGGUCUGAUCAGUUACUAUGACCACACACAUUUCCAUUAGAACAACAAAUGAACAGUGGUGAGUUUGUCAUCAAUAACAAUCCUACUUAGACAGAUCUCACCUACAUUAGCUAAGCCAUAACACAAUCAUUACUGGCUAGGACACAUCUGCAGUUCAAUAUUGUACAAUACUGCUACAACAACCUGACUCAUUGAUAAUCAUUGUCUAUAUAACCUUAGAACCCUAACCCCUUAUACAAUACACACACCAUAUGCUUAUUUUACAAUCAAAAUGAAUAUGUUGGCACCAAAAUAGCAUUGCUACUAUUUAAGUUGAGGAUUUUCAAGUUAACAUGUAUUUUCAUUAACAUACUUUUUUAGUGUUUAUGUAAAAACGAGCCCAUUAGCUUUCCUAAAAGCUGUUGAUAUAAACAAUUGAGUCGUGCUUUGUACUUGGUACUUAUUCUUUCAAGCUUGAGAGAGCAAUUUUUAUCAUUCUUUAGUCUCUAGAUGUACUUUUCCCAAGAGCGAAGCCCAAUUAUGGGUCAAAUAUAACAGCACCAGCAGAUACAUUGGUUUCAAUACUUUCAAUACAAAUAAAAAGAGCUUAUAUCCAUAAUGCACCACAUCAUUGAUUCCAGGACAAUACAGAGGUAUACCCAGUGUAAUUAAAGUCUUAACCUACCAUUGGUACAGCAUCUUCUCUAAGGAAGACCGUCAAAUGAUUUUGUCCACAUGGGCUGGUAAAAAAAAAAAAAUUCAAAGAGCCACUUCUAUUUUGAGAGUUGGUUUAAAUAAGGUUACAGAAAAAUACUCCAACCAUGUCAUGCAUUCUGGAAAUACAAUGAUGACUAUUGAUAUGGACGACAACUGUCUCAAUAGACUAAAGCGGCUUGCAUGUCUUGUCUCCUUUCCUACAUCUGGAUCUGGACGGGGGAAAGGAUACGGGUAGGCAUCCACCAUAUUACUUUCACCCAUCCUAUUUUUUUAUCUUUCAAAUCAGUGCAAAUGAAGGAGAGGACGCAAUACUAUUGUCCCUUUCGAUAACUAAAAUGCGUACAAGGGUGUUUCUCUACUCCCUUCAGAUGUCCAGCCCUCUAUUCCAUCCCUCUCCAGACACGACCCCUAGCCACCUGUGUAGAUAUCAAUAGGUAUUGGAGUUAUAAGCAAUAUGGUACUACAUCCACUUCCUUUUUGAUAGGCAAGGUGAUAAUUUUUGUCAUAUUGCUUACACAUAUGAAGUCCUUCUUUGCCUUCCAUCCAUUUUCAUAUAGACUCAUCACAUACGAUGCUGCUACUGUUCUACCUAUCAUGUUGCCUAGUCACUUUAUUCCUGGUUAUAUGUACAUAUCUACCUCAAUUACUUUGUACCCCUGCACAUCGACUCG